AUGAAUAGAGUAAAUAGUUUCUUGCUUAAUUUAUCUAAUGGAAUAUUCGAUAAUAAAAAUGAUGUAAAUAAUAAGGAUAAAGAUGUAUAUUCUUUCAAUUCAAAUAAAAUGAACAAUAUAUCUAAUAAAAGUUAUAGUUCUUUUCAUUUUAUGUGUUUAGUUUUAUGUAUAAUUUCAUUAUUCUGUAUAACGUUAUCGAAUCUAUAUGUAAAUAAUACAUCCUUAUCAAUACAACAUGAUAAAUUAUUUAUACGUACAUUGUCUGAGGAUGAAAAGGAAUAUUAUACAUCAAUAGAAAAUAUCAAUAAAGAAACCAUAUUAAUUGAUGAAUCAAAUAAUUUAAAUAUUAAAAAUAAGGUCGAUUUUAAAACUAUAGAUAUCAAUGAUUUGUCAAGACAGUUAACUAAAGAAGAAUUAUAUGAUGUGCUAAAUUCAUUAGAAGAAAUUCCACCAAAACGUGUUCUUAUUAAUUUGUGGUAUCAAUCUCUAAAUAUUGCUAAAGAUAUGAAAGAAUUAUUGAGGGAAUUAAAAGGUUAUGUUGAUGAAUAUUUAAAUAAGAAUAACACUUAUGAUUGUGAUAAUUUUAUUAAUGAUAAUAACUCUAUAUGGAUAGAUUGUCUUAAUGAUAUUGUAGAAACCUUAUCAUCUGAAGAGAUGGAAUAUAUAGAAAAAUUUCAUAAUUUACUUAACAGACAUAUAACAGUUAAUGAUAUAGUAAAAUUUAUUUAUGAAUGUAUAAACCAUUUUGAUGAAUUAAAGAAAAAAUUAUUUGAUAAAUAUAAAGAAGCUUUUGAAGAAAAAAUAAUGAAUUCACAAAAAUUUUUUGAGGUGUAA